AUGGCGAAACGGGCUGAGAAUCACUACAUCCGCUUCCAUGGUCUGGUGCUUGGAGAGCCAAAGUUAACCCUGAAAAAAGGUCUCGACUACCUCGCCGUUCACCCGGAAAACAAGGGCAAUGGGGUCGCGACUGCGCUUGUCGAGAACGGCAUGAGGCUGGCGGAGAAGACGGGCGUCGACGUAUUCAUCUUGGCCUUCCCCGCAGGCUUGAACGCCUACAAGAGACUAGGGUUCAAGGAAGUCCAUCGUGGGUAUCAGGACGAUACCAAGUAUGGAGGCGAGGGCUACUGGGUGACUCUGUUGACAUAUGAGGUGAAGAAGGCAAGCUCAUAA